AUGUCGUGGAAUUUUUCGGGCUCCAUGAAUGGGGUGACCGGGGUAAAUAUGGGUCCGGUGCAUAAUACGGGCAACAUGGGUCCGGUAAACGUGGGCAAUAAUGCCGGCCUUUAUGUAAAUGGUCCUGUUACCAGCAGCGAAUCGAGCUCUGGAAAUAAUAGCCAGGGACAAGGUGGCAAAAGUGGUUCUGUCAAUAAAAAACUCAAUAGAAUUCGCUAUGAGGUAGUUUUGGUCCCGCAAGCUGAGUAUCAGCAAAAUGUUAACAAUGAAGAAUCCGCGAUAUUUGAUAAACUCUCAAUUAUUGGCCAAGGGUUAGACGACAAAAACAAAGUAUACCGGGAGGUGGAGAACCUAAAGAAAGUCAACUCCGCUUAUAUUGCAAAAUAUUACGAUUGGUGGAUCGGCGAAAAAACGUUCUACAUCAUCAUGGAGUAUUGCCCUGAUACUUUGCGCAAAAUCAUUAAGUUAAGACCAGCGGUAUUUACGCGAGAUUAUGGCAAAACGAUGGGCGACUGGAGUACUACAUGACGUGCGAGAUCUUCCGUCAGACGCUAGAGUGCGUGCAAUAUAUGCACGGAUUGAGUCCACCCGUAAUCCAUAGGGACCUGAAACCGGAAAACAUAUUGAUUUCGUAUGAUAGUGAGCAUGAUCGUUUUGUCAAGCUGUGCGAUUUCGGAUUGGCCGCCGUGCAUCAUAAGACGAUAAAUAAUCAAGGUUCCAACGCGCAUACCAUGGACGUUGGCACGGUCGGCUAUCAAGCGCCUGAAAUUGGUAAAGGUGUGAAAUACGAUCACAAAUCGGACGUAUACAGCUUGGGCGUUAUUGGCGCGGAGUUAUUUGAGCUUGAGCGAGUAGAAUUAGAGAAUCCAUCUAAAGCAUGCCACGGGCUAGACGAGAGUCAAACUCAAAGUACCAUGAUGAGAAACUUACAAGUCACUUUGAGCUCGAUGCUGAAAUUAGACGAUCGAGGUAAAGAGAGACCCGAAUGUUCGCAAGUGUUGGCAAAAUAUGACGAUUGGGGAAUCGACAAGGUUAUAAUCGGGAAGCAAUUCAACCUGAAUGCCAUAAUUAACAACCUUAAGGAUAAUGAUGAGCAUCGAUUUUUCUAUGAGUUUUUUAAGCGAUGUAAAUGUGAUGGAUAAAUAUCAACCUAAAAUGUUACUGAUGAGCCAGGUACAUGCAAUGAGAAGUAAUUCUUGAUGAACGUGUUUGACAAUUAAUUAUAACGUGCAAUGUAUUUUUAAUGAAAUUUAUAGUAAUAUAAAUAUGAUAAAUUAGCGGUAAUAAUUCUAGAGUUAAAAUAAUAAUAAUAUAUAACCCGG